UUGAUCGAUGGUUUGAUAUCGGUAGAGAGCCUGUGUGAAGAUGGCCAUGACAUCAUCUUGCAUCAUCACGACCCGCUUCCGACAUUCUUCUGGCCCCCACCCCACCAGCUGCAGGUUGCCAUAGGGACCGCGAUAAACAAUGACGCAUCAUCGCGCUUCAGUUGCCCACUCCCUAACCGACUUUCCAGCGGUUAAGGACGAGUACGGACAGCAGGCUCCUCUCACUGGAGAGCUUGCCUGGUCUGCUCUCACCGGAGAGAUCAGCUUCUUGUCGUCGUCGUUGUUUUAGUUGUCCAGUGGACUUCUUUAGACGUUGACAGUCAUCAUGGCAGAUGAGUCGACUGAAAAGAGGCCGUCUGCUGGCUCUGCCUGUACGAGCGCGAGCUCGGCCGGGGAAGGAGGCGGUUCGCCCAGCAGCUUCCUCGAGACACCGACGGCGACCAUUGGUUCCACCUCCAUGUGGUCCUCUGUCUCUGACCUCUCCCUUCAAUCCAUCGAAGGGAGGGACAGCAGGGACCACAGCCACCCAGCAGAGGGAGAUCUGCAGAAGCCGCAGCGGGAGCACCAGUGGCCUGGCUCGCCGGCGGCAUCCCCCUACCAUCUCCCCGGACCCUUCUUUGGGCCGCUGGCCCCCAGCCGUCCCACUGCGGACCCCAUGGCCCAAUUGUUUGGCCAUCCAUCCAUUGGCCAGCUGCGACCUCCAGAGCCGGAAGAUUUCCCACCACUCUUGCAUAGGGUGAGGGAGGCUCCUGGCUACAGACAUGCCACGCUGGGCCCCAUCCCUCCUGCGGAGACAACAUCUCUGGCCCAGCUUGCCCCCAUCCCUCCUGCUGCAAGAACAUCUCUGGCCCAGCCGGCCAGGGCGGACCCGGCGCGCAAGAUGAAUCUGGUCCUGCUGGCCCACCGGCUGCAAUCAGAAGGCAGCACCACCACCGCUGCCGCUGGGGGGUUCCGGCCAGCCCCACCGGAUCAGCCCAGGAGCGGCAAGCCGACGGACAUUCGAUGUGCAUCCAGAGUCUUGAUUCCUGCCACUGAGCAGCCACUAGCCAUCCAAAUCAAGGAGACUGCAACUAAGAAAGCAGAAGGCUUCCGCACCAGUGCUGCCCCAAGAAUGAAGAUCCCAGAGUUGGGACCAUACAGAGCAGGGACCCAGGAGCGCCACCCACCAUCUCCUCCCCAGCUGCAGGGUCGAGGAAUGGCCAAGGGAGGAACAGCCCCGCCCACUGGGGAGAUUCAGCUGCGCCCUAAGGGCCCUCCAGAUCGGAAGAAGCUCCUUGUUCCCAAGCAGCAGUUGCUUCCGGAAUUCCUCUUCCCGCCUCCUCCACCAGAGAAAACCAAAGUGCUCGCCAAGGGAACGGCUUCCCACCUGGUAGCCCCAGGAGAGAAGGACACCCAAUGUGCCAAGCCAAGGCAGUAGCUCUUGACUUUUUGCCCCCCAUCUGCUUGGCGCCCAAAAAGG